GUCUGAUUGCGCCUCACUGUUGCUAAACAGGAUGAUUGACGUUCGAGCAUGGGCAGAGUAUGUGGUGGAGUGGGCUGCCAAAGACCCCUACGGUUUCCUCACCACUGUCAUCCUGGCUCUCACACCUCUCUUCAUUGCCAGUGCACUGCUGUCCUGGAAACUGGCCAAGAUGAUCGAGGCACGUGACAAGGAACAGAAGAAAAAGCAGAAACGUCAGGACAACAUAGCCAAGGCCAAGAGGACCAAGAAAGAUUGAGCCUGUGGGUAGGAUGAGGGCAUAUAAAAGGAGGAGCAUCCACCACACAUGCAGCCCUCCUUAUUCCAAAUAACUUAACAACGUGGAGCCCUUUGUGUCCCAGCCCUACUGUCAGCACAGGGCCCCUACGCCUCAAAUCUGGGGUGGGAGACUGGCCCCACAGGCUAACAGUGCUGAGACGGACAGUACUGCCCGAAGGAGGCUCGUCCCAGAGGGACUCUGGUCAGCAAGAGCACAGUGGUCAUCUGUAUCAUGUAGUUUUACAGAAAUCCGCUGAUAAUAAUGUGCAGCUGUUGCAACUCUUUGCAUUCCAUUGUUAGCAUCCAUGUUCUUUAGAAUUGAAGAUGUAAUAAUGAGCUUACUGGAACUUUUUCCAAAAUAUCCAAAAUACUACUUUCUAAUCAAUAAAGUUUUCAUGUCGAAUAAUAUGAUCUAA